CAGGGUUUAAAUAACGAAGGUUUGGGUGUAGUUGACGAAAGAUCUAGCUACGUCCUUUCAGACCAGUAAACAACAGUUACCAAAAAAUGAAGUCUACAAUCCUUGUACUCCUUGCUAUUCAUGGUGUCAUGGCAUUUGUCACCGCAGAAUCAAUUGUAAAGGCGAACCCAAGAGACAUUGAUUUAGGAGAAUCCAAUUACCAAUGUCCGGACGGGCUUUUUGUGGCUCCGCACGAAACGCAAUGUGAGUUGUACUACCUCUGUUCUGCUGGCGGUGUCCCAACUCACUUGUACCAAUGUAGAGACGACUUAUUGUUCGAUCUCACUUAUUACGGAUGCAACUUCAAGGAAUUAACCGAUUGUGGCGACCGUCUCUCGCCAUUUACCUGCCCAUCUCCCGAUGGUUUUUUUCCCAUCAAAGAAGGAGCGUGCAGUUCACAAUAUUACGUUUGUACCAAUAACGUCGCCGAUUUAGAAACUUGUCCUAGUGGAAUCUUUGAUGCAUCCUCAUCGUCGUGUGUAGCAACAUCCUGUGCGACGACAACUACACGUGGAGUACCCACGGCACCAGGUCCGUUUGAUUGUCCAGCACCAAAUGGAAAUUUUGCCAGCCCCUAUUCUUGCUCGCAGUACUACGUGUGUGUCGACGGAACAGCGUUCCUUUACGAUUGUCCAUCCGGACUUCAUUACAAUCCUGCACUUAAUAUCUGCGAUUGGCCCGCCAAUGUUAACUGCAACUUGUAAAUUUGGACAGAAAAUAGGAUUCCAGACGCAGAGAAACUGAAAGCAUUCCACUAAGCCAGAAAGUUUUUUCUCGUUUUAUUCAGACAAGAAGAUUUUUUAUUAUCUUUUUACUUUUGAUUGAUUUAUUUGAUCAUGCAAAUCAUUUCAAUACAAACGUAAUAUAAUGUCGAAAAAAAAACACAUUAGUUACCUUGAAAGCAA